CCAUUUCAGUGGUACUGUCAGACUUGAAAACGGCAACCGACCAUGAAUUCGGAUCCAACUAGUAAUAACACUGGGAGCACAGAGGCUGUUGAAAUGAUACCAUCACCGUCUACGUCUAAACCAGUGGAUGAGGAAGCCUACCAGCCUACUUAUGCUGAGGCUUUCCCUCCAUUGCCAGCAUCAUUAGAGAAAUCAGAAACGACGACUUCAACCGUGACAACAACCUCACCACGUACAACUGCAGAAAUUGUUGGCCAUAUUGCUUAUCCUAAGAUGGCGCUUAGAUCAUCCAAUGUAACUCAGGUGUUUCAUGUUCCUUUGGAAGAGAGACGUUAUCGGGAUCUAACAUUAGAACAGCGAUUUGGUGAAACUGGUGAACAGUCUAACAAAAUAUGUUAUGACAUCAUGCUGAAGACAG